AUGGCUGUCUCCAGGGAAAAGCUCUUCAUUCCUGGCGUGUGGGGCCCUUUCUGGUCAGCUAUGGUUCCGGAGUAUUGGCUAACAGAAGGAGGACAAAGUGCCACUGGAGCUUUACUUGAUCACAUAAUCGAAAACCAUGUUGCUUCUCCCCGUCUUGCAAACCAUGCUGCAUCUCAGAAAGUCUUUGUGUUUGAACUGCUGAACAACAGUUUUUAA